AUGUCGCAUUAUAAGGCUCCAGACCACAAGAGAGAGCAAUUUCGGAGGUACUUGGAGAAAGCUGGUGUUGUUGAUAGUCUUACUAGUGUUUUAGUGGCGCUGUAUGAACAACCGGAGAAGCCUACCAACGCUCUGGAAUUUGUCAAGCAGCACCUCGGCACCCCCGGCGGCCUAACUGCGGCGGACACGGCGGCUCUGCAGCAGGAAGUGGUGGACCUGAGGCAAAAGUGUGCCAGGCUGGAGGAGGAGAACCAGGAACUCAAAGCUAGGCUGCAGUGCGACGAGCAACCUGACGAAAGCGCGGCGCCUGCGACAGAAUAG